CCAAUGUCACUAGCAGCAUCACCGACAGCCUGAAAAUUACUAACCUAUUGAUAUCACCCACACAACUUACCUAAACCAUGUCCCUCUUCCACCCCCUGCCCAUCGCCAAUGGCCGCAUCCUCCUUCGCCAUCGGAUCGUCCAUGCCCCCCUGACGCGUAACCGGGGCGUGCCCGUGCACCCCGACGCCCCUGGCUCCCCGAACCGGAUCUGGUAUCCCGGCGAUCUCAUGGUGGAGUACUAUUCCCAGCGAGCUACUGAGGGGGGACUCAUCAUUUCCGAAGGCAUUCCUCCUUCUCUAGAGAGCAAUGGAAUGCCCGGCGUGCCAGGGUUAUUCACCCCCCAACAGAUAAAAGGGUGGAAACGAGUGGUGGAAGCAGUGCAUGCCCGCGGGGGAAUCAUCUACUGCCAGCUGUGGCAUGCCGGCCGAGCGACCAUCCCGCAAAUGACAGGCUCCCCCGCCGUGUGUCCCUCAGCGACCCCAUGGGACAACCCGACCGAGUGUUACUCGCAUAUCCCCGUGGGGGAGACACAGCCCGUCCGAUACGCAGAUUAUCCGCCCGUCGCGCUGACGAAAAAGGACAUCCAGCGUGUGAUACAGGAGUACGUCGAUGCGGCCGUGACGGCGAUGGAGAUCGUGGGCUUUGACGGGGUUGAGGUGCAUGCCGGCAAUGGAUACCUGCCCGAACAGUUCCUCAGCUCAAACAUCAACACCCGCACCGACGAAUACGGCGGUUCCCCGGAGCGACGGGCUCGUUUCGUGCUCGAACUCAUGGGCGCCCUGGCGCGGCGCAUCGGAGAGGAUAAUCUUGCGAUUCGGCUGAGUCCGUUCGGUCUCUUCAACCAAGCGAGAAGCCUGCAGCGGAUGCAAACCUGGACGUACCUGUGUACGCAGCUGAAUAAUGCCCAUCGGCUGUCCUACGUCAGCUUCAUUGAGCCGAGAUACGAGCAAAUCUUCACCUCCGAGGAAAAAGACAACUAUCUAGCGGCCUCAGGCCUACGAGAUAUUACUCUUGCCCCCUUCCGCGCCAUUUGGGGAGAUACGCCCUUCUUCUCCGCCGGCGGAUGGGACGCUGCCAAUUCCGCGGGGGUUAUUGAGUCUGGUCGGUACGACGCCCUGCUGUAUGGCCGGUACUUUACCAGCAAUCCUGACCUAGUGGAGAGGUUGAGGCGGGGGAGUCCUCUGGCGCCGUAUGAUCGUACGCGUUUCUAUGGGCCAUUCGAAGAUAAUGCAGUCGGAUAUACAGACUAUAGUUUCCUUGAAUGAACAUAGGGUUAUCCAAGUCCCUAAUCAAUAUCUAGAUCGCUCUAUCCCAGCCACUAGCCCCCACACCCCCAACCACUAUUUCUUCCUCUCUCCGC